UGCAGUACUUCCCUUCGAGUUUCCAGGUAAUUGACUCGGAGUAAUAUCUGGCCUGCGGCUCUAAUUUACGUUUCUUUUCCCUACCCCUUUUCACGUGGCCCCUAAAUCCUAAAUUGUACGAUUGGAGGUAAUAUUGGUAUAAGUUGUAGGAAGUGGAGCUUGUGAGUAUUGAAAAUUUAUGUGGGUCUUCUGCGGGGCUAUCCGCGAUGGCGGGGCACGUUGAUAACCUUAGGUAAAGUUUCAAUUGCAGAUCUGGGAUAGACCCUUCGAGAAAAGAGUCAUGCGCCCUUCCACUCCUGCCGUAUCGGCAAUCGGCGGAUGUGAAUAAUGAUUACUUACAUCUUCUAAGCUCUUUUUCCACUUUUUUGUUUCUUCUUAUGAACAUACUUUGAAUGGCAGUCGUGCCGUGUUCAUAUAAUCAAUUCUUCCUCCAUAGACCGUUGUGACUUAGCUAUCACUUCCCUGUAUAAUCUUAUAAUCUAUACUCUGUAUCAGCCGUCCGCAUGAGUACCGAACCUCCCGUUCCAGAGACGAGCGUCCUUGCCGUCGCCAGUCAUGUUGUCUCAGGGAACGUAGGAAACAAGAUCGCCGUCUUCGUGCUCCAGUCCAUGGGCUGCGAUGUAUCCGCUCUAAAUACCGUCCAAUUCAGCAACCAUACCGGUUACAGACAAUGGAAGGGCACGCGAGUAUCGGCGCAGGAGAUCACAGACUUGUGGGACGGCCUCAAGCAGUCAUACCUCGAUAACAUCGACAUGAUGCUCUCCGGCUACGUUCCUGGCGCGGAGGCUGUCACGGCCGUAGGCAAUAUCAGCAAGGAACUCAGGCACAAGUCGGAGGAAGCCGGAAAACCGGGCAAUUUCUUCUGGGUUCUUGACCCGGUUAUGGGCGACAAUGGUCGUUUAUACGUUGCGGAAACCGUCGUCCCCGCAUAUAAGAGCCUACUACACUAUGCCGACCUCAUAUUACCGAAUCAGUUCGAAGCUGAACUCCUUUCAGGUAUUAAGAUUACCGACCGAGACUCCCUCGAACAUGCCAUCCGCGUCCUACAUCAAGAAUACGGCGUUCCACACGUCGUUAUAACAUCGGUAUCCAUCCCACUCUUGAGCUCCCCCGAGGCCGCUACCACACAGACGCCACGCACGAUGUCGGUCGUGGGCUCGUCGAUGACGUCAGAUCGGCAGCCGCGCGCCUUCAAGAUCUCGUUCCCGGUCUUCGAAGCUUACUUUAGCGGUACCGGAGAUAUGUUUGCAGCGCUCAUGGUGGUGAGGAUCCGCGAGGCUGUCGCGAACUACGAUAAGCUAAGUAAUGGAGUCGGAGAUGGCAAAGGAGUGUCCCGAAAACUUGGCGAGAGGCGUUCGUGGCUUAGCGAUGACGCAGUAGUGGCAUUAGACUUGCCGCUCGCGAGGGCCGCGGAGAAGGUCCUGGCUAGCAUGCACGAGGUUCUGGAACGCACAUGCGUGAGCAUGAACGCUGAUAUGAAAACAGUAAGGGAGCGGAGGGGGAAUGAUCUAGACGAGAAGACAUUGCAUUUGCUCAAGUCGAGGGCUGCAGAAUUAAAACUCACGAGGAACUUGGGAUGCUUGCGCAGCCCAACGAUAGAAUAUAGGGCGGAGAAGAUGUAGGAAGCGGAUUUGGACAGGUUGGGAAACGAGAAAUGCGAGAGUGUUGGGUCUCUUGUAUAGAGACGUAUAUUGCAUUAGAUGGUGUUCAAGACGGGCUAGGCUAGCCGGAUCAUAUAUAUUAGAGAAUAGAAAGACAUGUGAAGACACUGUUACUGCCAUUGAAGGAGUGAUGGACGGAUCUCGUUUGUUUUACUUCGUAGGGGUAGCUCUGGGACAAUUAACUCGUUCAUAUUCAUGAUCAUCUUGGUUUCGGUACUUUCAUAAGA